AUGAGUAAAGGGCUCAAAGACGAAGAAAUUUGCAAGGAAAAGCAAUACCCCAAGUAAAUUUAUUUUCACUGAAUCGAUCUAGAUUGUGUGUUUAUACAGACAAUUGGACAACCAGAGAAGAUUUGUGGAGGAAAAAGUAUACCCGCUAGCAUUUCAAGUAAAGAACAAAAACAAACGUUGAAGUUUUGAAAAGAUAAAUUGAUAGCUUGAGACUUUUAGUUCAAUUUGGGUGACAAUAAACUUGAUUUAUAACACUGGGCAAUAAGAAAUCUAUUCUACUUAUAUAUCAACUAUGAGUUUCCUAAAGCGUGACAAGUCUCGUAGCAAUAUGCGAGUUUCCGUGGGUGCUGCCGGACAGUUCCCUCACGAUAGCUUUGGAUUCGAUAGAGCCCCUCAACUGCCGUUAUCUCCGACCAAUGUCGGAUUUGCAAAAUCAAACCAAGAAAGACUGACAUCGGUCCCCAAUGAGGAUUUCAACUCUAAGAGCAAGGAUACCGAAACCGAGAAACCGUAUUUCAAUAUCCAUUAUAAUGAUGGAGAAGACUCCAUGAAGAGCCUGCGAAGCGACAUUUCAGGUCUUGGGGGAGAUUUCUCCGGUAGAAGAUUACAAGGCCUAGUACCAGGGAAGACACCACCGGGAAUGGAGAACUUGUAUAGUCCGAGACUGUCCAUUGUUUCCAUGCAGGGCGGAGACCUUGAGAACAACAACAAUGAACCAGACUCUUCACUGCCUCAAUUGAAGGAUACAUAUCGUGGGUUCCAUGCUAAUCAAUUCCCGCAAGGACUUGGAAAUGUUCCUCCCUUGAGCAAGCCCAUCAAGCCACGAUUUAAAAAGAAGAGAGGCUCGCUUUUGGGGAAGUUCAUUUACUCGAGUAGAAAAGAUGAAGACGACGAGUUUGGAGGGGAGCUUGGAUCGAAUGAUUCGGAUUCACAAGAGCUGACACAUUCACAUUUGCAUAUUCCGACAAUUCGGUCAUCAUCCUUGGGCUCUGUUCGUGCACCUAAUCUUUCCAUGUCCUCGAACAGUGUCAACAAGCGCAAUGGAAGUUCAUCAGGUUCUUCGUUCACCUCUCAUAAGCAUAAGUUUAGAAUUCCAUCAAUCUCAUCGUUUGACCAUCACAAUAAUGGUGGGUCCAGUGGUAGACAUAAUUCCUCUUUCCUGGAAUCAUCCACAGUUCCCGAAAUAACCGAAGUAGAACAUGAGAAUGAACUGCCCGAGAGAGGGGUCACUCUUCCCCGGGUGGCCACGGCCUUCAACCUUGAUAUGGAUCUCAAUGAAAUGCAUGGGAUUGUCAAGUCCCCAACGAAUGACGCAGAAGAUGCAGAUUAUCAAUUCGUUGGCGAUGCUGCUCUGAAUCCUAAACCAGCAAAAUUACCAUCAUUUUCAAAUACUUCAACAGUGGCAGUUCCUAGAGUACCAGCAAAAAAAUCAUUAUCAAGUAGUGGCAUUGACCAGCAAUUGAGCAAAGGGUCUUGGAAGGCACCAGAGAGUUGGGAUGUUAAAUUUGAUGCCAUGAAGAAUGCUAACGCGGCAGGAACCUCCAAUGAAGCCAAUAGCGGUAUGAAUAGGAAACACGAUGAUGAGAAUAACAAUGAAGAUAAUUUCUCUAAUAUCAGUUGUUCAAGUACCGAAGAUGAAGAAGAUCUGGAAAAUGAAAAGUCAUCUCUUCCACCUAACGAAACUGGCGCCGAGAAAAACGGCCAUCGCCAUCGUCACCACCACCAUCAUCAUACACACAAACAAAAAGCAGCAGGUUCUAAAGUUGUAGCACUCCGUCCAAACCUCCCGGUCUUGUACGGGAAGCAACACGGGAACCAUGUGGCCCCAGAGCUGAAAAACAUGUAUCACAUCGUUCGUAUCUUUAAGCAAGAUAAUACUUUCUCAACCAUUCGUAGUCCGCUUGAUGCAACAACGGAGGAACUCUUGACCAUUGUUCAAAAGAAGUUCUUCCUUGAUUCAGUGGCUAAUUAUCAAAUUUCUGCAUACAUUGGAUCCAAGGUUAAGGUUCUUGAACCAUUCGAGAAACCACUCAAGAUUCAAAUGGGUUUGUUAUUGCUCAGUGGAUAUUCAGAUAAGGAUAACUUGAAUAUCAUUGGACGUGAAGAUUUAUCAUUUGUCUGUAAAUUCGUUCUUGAGGAUAUUUAUUUGAGAAACUUGACCCAUGAGGAAGAAAUUCUUCUUUCGAAAGAUUAUGUUGAUGUGAAUAUUGCUGGAUUGAACUUGAAGAACAUCCCGAUUAUUUUCCAUCAACACACUUAUGAGAUUGAAAAAUUGAAUGUUGCUGAUAAUCCUUCUAUUUAUAUCCCCCUUGAUUUUAUCCAAUCUUGUAAUAAUUUAACAAGCAUCAUUUUUUCAAAGAAUGGGUGUCUGAAAUUCCCCUUGAAUUUCUUGGAGGCAAGAAAAUUAACUCAUCUCGAUAUGGAAAAGAACUUUUUAGAUGAACUUCCAUCUAAAUUUGGACAUUUGAAGAAUUUAACUAAUUUAAAAUUAAAUUCAAAUCAACUUUCGUCCUUACCAAAAUCAUUUGGUAAGUUACAAAACCUUGCCAGUUUGAAUUUAUCAUCUAAUUAUUUUGUCAGUUACCCAGAGGCAAUUAAUGAACUUGUAAACUUGAGAGAUUUGGACUUGUCGUAUAAUGAUUUAUCUGAACUUCCUCCAUCAAUUGGUCAACUUCAAAAAUUAACUAAAUUGAAUCUUUGUACAAAUAAGCUUGAAAAAUCCUUACCCGACUACCUUACCAAUUUGGUUUCUUUGAAGCGUUUGGAUAUCAGAUAUAACAAGAUUCUGAACAUUGACGUUUUAGGUAGUUUACCUACCCUUGAAGUGGCAUAUGCUUCGAAGAAUAAUAUUUCUGCCUUCAGUGACAGAAUGGAAAAUCUUAGAUUACUUCAUUUUGAUAGAAACCCAAUUACAGACUUACAGUUUGAAAACUUACUUCCAAUAUUGACAGUUCUUGACUUAUCAAAAGCCAAAAUUACCAGUGUUCCUCCUGAGUUCGUUAGCAAGAUUCCAAACAUUGAGAAAUUGGUUUUUGAUAAAAAUCAUUUAGUCACUUUACCAGAUGAAUUGGGUAAUUUACCAAGAUUAGCUUAUUUGUCCUUGUAUGGUAACAAUUUGCAAACAUUACCUUCUACUAUUGGAAGAUUGAAAUCUUUGCAAUAUCUUGAUUUGCACCUGAAUAACUUGCAAUCUUUACCAGAGGAAAUUUGGAACUUGAAGUCUUUAUCCGUCUUAAAUAUUUCUUCAAAUAUUUUGACCUCAUUCCCCAAACCCCCUAUGUCGGAGAUUAAGAGAAUAUCUUCUGCUGCCAAUUUCCUUGAAAUUAAGGCAAGUCUUGAAAAUAUUCAAGAGUCUGAUAGAGACUUUAAAUUAAUGGAAUUAUCUUCAAGUAAUUCUAUGUCGGAGGCUAUUUCUCCAUCCAGUGGCGGAAAUUCCACUGCUUCUCCAGUGACAGCUUCUUCUUCGUUGGCAGAUUCAUUACUCGUACUUACUGUUGCUGAUAAUCGUUUGAACGAUGAGUGUUUUGAGUCUAUAUCUUUCUUGGUUGAACUUAAGUCUCUUAACAUGUCCUAUAACGAUCUUUUAGAAAUCCCAGAAGGUGCUACUAGAAGAAUGACAAAGCUUACGGAACUUUUCCUUUCUGGAAAUGAACUCACAUCACUCCCAGCAGAUGAUUUUGAACAUUUGAAAUCUUUGAAAUUAUUGCACCUUAAUAACAAUAAACUUGUUUCUUUACCUGCUGAAUUGGCCAAACUUUCAAACCUCUCUACACUCGAUGUUGGAUCUAAUCAAUUGAAGUAUAACAUUUCAAAUUGGCCAUAUGAUUGGAAUUGGCAUUGGAAUAAGGCUUUGAAGUAUUUGAAUUUCUCAGGAAACAAGAGAUUUGAAAUCAAACUGAGUCAUAUUAAAAACCCGGAAACUGGUGAAGACUUUGAUAGUUUGCUUGUGUUGGAGAAUUUGAAGGUUUUGGGAUUGAUUGAUGUCACAUUGACCACGACAUCUGUUCCAGAUCAGAACCCUGAAAUGAGAAUUAGAACCACUGGUUCUGAAUCAGAGAAUAUUGGAUAUGGUGUGUCUGACUCUAUGGGUAUGCGGGACGUUGUUCUGACGAGAGAUAUUUUUAUCCAGAAAUUCCGUGGAAAGGACAAUGAAGCACUUCUUUGUGCAAUUGAUGGUAAAUUAGGUGGCACAGCUGUAGGUCAUAAAAUUGCCAUUGCUGCGAAGGCAAUCUUUGUACCUUCUUUCACGGAUGAACUAAACAAAUUGAAACCAGAAGAAAGUGUUCAUGAUGCCAUUAGACGUGCAUUCUUGGCCAUGAAUAAAGAAAUUAAUGGGGCACUAUCCGCAUUGAAGAACAAUGCUGCACCUUCAGGAACUACUGCACUUGCUACGGGAAUUCGCCAAGAAUUAGCUGAGUUGAAUUUGCGUGAUGACUCAAAGUGUGGGUGUUCUGUGACAAUUGUUUAUAUUCGGGAUAAAGUCUUGUAUACCGCCAACGUUGGUGAUAUCGAGGCUCUUUUAUGCAGAAAUAAUGGGAACCAUAUACUUAUGACUACCAAACAUGAUCCUACCACCCGUAGUGAGUUUGAAAGAAUCAGAGCAUCUGGAGGUUACGUAUCCGGUGAUGGUGCUUUGGAUGGAGAACUUCCUAUUUCAAGAGGUGUUGGAUUUUUUGACUUUGUACCUCACACCCACCUGGGCCCUGAUAUCAGUGAAUAUGAAAUCACUGGUGGAGCUAAUGAUACUAUUAUCAUUGCUACCAAGAUUAUGUGGGAUUAUAUUUCAUAUGAAUUGGCAGUGGAUAUUAUCCGUCAAGAGAAGGAUGAUCCAAUGAAGGCGGCACAGAAGCUCAGAGACUAUGCUAUAUGUUAUGGAGCGACCGAUAAGUUAAAUGUAACUGUGAUUACCUUGGGUGAACACAAAUCUAGUACAAAGCUGAAGUAUUCUUCGAACUUGUACAAUAACACUAUGGGACGUGAUGAUAUCUACUUGAAUAAUAACAAGAAGCGGAGGGACAGAAGUAUUCUACAAGCGGGUGAUUCUACCUUGCGUAGACUCGAUGAAGAAAUUGACCCACCUAUUGGAGAGUUGGCACUUGUAUUUACAGAUAUCAAAAACUCCACCCUUUUAUGGGAUGCUUAUCCUGUUGCCAUGCGUUCAGCAAUUAAAAUCCAUAAUGCUAUCAUGAGAAGACAACUUCGUAUUGUGGGUGGGUAUGAAGUAAAGACAGAAGGUGAUGCCUUUAUGGUUUCCUUCCCAUCUCCAUCUUCGGCGUUACUUUGGACGUUCUCUGUUCAACAACAACUUCUUCAAGCAGACUGGCCUUCUGAAAUCCUUCAAACUGAUCUGUGUUGGGAAAUCACUGAUACAAAGCAAAAUAUCAUAUACCGUGGGUUAUCUGUCAGAAUGGGUAUCCAUUGGGGUUCACCAGUGUAUGAACUUGACGUGGUUACCAGAAGAAUGGAUUAUUUUGGUCCUAUGGUUAAUCGUGCUGCUAGAAUCCAAGCCGUUGCAGAUGGUGGGCAAAUUGCGGUCAGUUCUGAUUUCCUUGAUGUAAUGACAGGAUUAUUCCGUAUUCAUGAAGAUAUUUCUUCAAAUAAAAUUAAUUUAGAAGAGGCAUAUUCUGGUAAUGUACGAGCUGGAGAAAUCAUUGAACGUGAACUUACUUCAAUUGAGGAAAUGGGAUGUUCAUACUUUGAUAUCGGAGAAAGAAAGUUGAAGGGUCUUGAAACCCCAGAACUUAUCACCCUUGCUUAUCCAGAUCAACUUAAGAUUCGUUACGAAAUGUACACUAAACAACUUGAAAGUAAGGAAGAAGAACAGGACCUUAAGGGCCGAAUUGUUGGGGCUGUCCCUAUUGAAUGCAUAUAUGGAUUGCGUUCGAUAUCCCUUCGUCUUGAAAAUAUUCAAGUUUCCUUGAGUGAAGGCGAUUCUCCGGCUAGCUCUUUCCUGAGAACUUCAUCAGAAAAGAUAUCUGGACAAUUAUCAUUCAAAGAAUCAGAUUUAUUGGAAUUAUUCAACCACAUUGUUACUCGUAUUGAGAACUGUGUGGCCCUACUUCUAUUGCGCCAAGAAUUGAGUCUUAAGAGUGGCGGAACAGGGAAAUUCGCUGGAAGCGCACCAAAGUCUGUAUUUGAUUUGGUACAAGAAUUGACUAUGAUGGCAACAGAGGUGCAAAAAACUCAAAAGAAAAUCGAAGAAAUAUAGAUAGACGACUUAAGAAAUAACUAAACGUAUUAUAUAUAUUUAUAAUAAAGAGAGGACUUUACAAUAAUA